AUGGGCGGUAGAGAUAUCAAAUUUGUUAUGCGGAAGACGAUCUUCAAGUCGGAUUUGCUAAGGUCGCAGAAUCGGCUUUUGAUACCAGCGGGUGAAGUGAAGAGCCCGUUCCUUUUUCCAGAGGAGGAGAUGAAGUUGGCUUCCAAAGAAAGCAUAGAAGUUACUCUAAUAGAGCCUUGUGUUGACGCCACUUGUACGUUGCCUUUGAAGAGGUGGCAUAUGAAUAACAUGCCCUAUGCACUGAUAGGCAGCUGGUUUAGCGUAACCCAAAGGAACAAUGAAACACUGGGAGUUGGUAGUGAAGUACAAUUAUGGGCAUUCAGACACCAGAAUUCAAGUCUUGGUAUGGUUUUGGUCCCUGUUCCACAACAAGGACAAGUUACAAAUCAAUCUUCUGAUGGGGCCUCAUCAUCUCGUGCUCAUUCUACUGCCAACCAAUCACAAGAGCAGCAUUAG